GUUCAGUCUGCUUCUGCUCUUGUUUCUCUAGGUUUCUCCCUCUCUCGUUCUUUACAUUCUCCAUCAAGGCACUCAGCAAGGAUCGGCGCUCAUAUUUUUAUUGCUACCAUCGACAACGUUGUUCUGCAGCAAGCUGCAAGGCUUCUAGCCCGCCGCCACCUGGACGUGUCUUCCCUGUGCUACCCACGUUCAGAGCAUUCCCUGAAGCCUGUCAAGGAUAAACUGAACCUGUGCCGCUGACUACCACAUCGUCAUCAUGCCUCUUCCAAGCGGCACACCGCUGUCUCUCCAAGGCCAUUCUCGCCCUGGAGAUACUGUCCAGACCAAGCCUAAGCACGCUAUGAUCGUCCGUAUGUCAGCCGAGACAUUAGAAGCUCUGGAAGACUUGUCUAGCAACCCUGUGAUGAAUUUCGAGUUUGGCGAUAGUCCAGGCAUUUACAUCGGGGAGACAUUCUUUCCAAUGCGUCCUCUGAAAGAGAGUACUCCGCACGAAAUCUAUCUCAGGACGUCCUCUGCAGCCAAGCCAAAUGCUCCGUUGAAGCUCUAUGCCAAUGUCAUGGGAAAAUUCAUCGUUGAUCGACAACUUGGCGAGAAAGUCACUGAUAAAGUACGGCAGCAAACCAUCGAGGCGAAGAAGCAACAUUCCGAGCGCCAAACCAUCAUGCUCGAUGCGCCGCUUAUGUCUGCGGCAGGCACGAAGAACCUGAAGCGGAAAGCACCGGGUUCAGGAACGGUAGUAAGGAAAAGCGCACAACGCGACACUCUCCGUACCCCUGCUGCAUCUACUCCUGUUACACGCAAAAUCUCUCCGAUACCACAGGCCGCUUCAUCAAAGGCGAAUGCGGAUAUUCGCAGGCGUCUUAUCCACUUCCUUGCAGUUGAGCCUCGCGAAACAGACCUGGCGGUAAGCAGGGUUUGCGGGAAUAACUGUGAUGACACUGCAAAGGCUAAUCUACUUAGUAUCUUAGAGGAGGUCGCUGAGCAAGCCCUAGCCCGGAGAGGUGACAACUCUCCUCGGAAAUGGGCUCUCAAAAAUCGUACAUGGCUUGAAGUACGUCCAUACGAAUGGGAGAUGUACAAACAGUCAGAGCGGACCAACGUCGCUCGACAAGGCAGGGUCGUGCUCAGUUCCCUCAGGAUACCCGAGUCUGACUCUGUAUGGGAUCAUUUUCGCUUUCGAAACGUUGCACCUCCCACUGGAGCUGCUCCGCAUCCAACCCACGGAGGUAAGACUAUCACCGGCCCACCUGCGGGUCUUCUCAAGCCGAAGCCCGAACCAAAACGACCUGCUAUAUCCAAAGAUCUCAAGCAGAAAGUGAAGGCAGAUUCUUCUCGAAUGAAGGGUGAUAUACAGAUGAAAGACGAGAGUGCGCGGCAGAGGGGUGACAUACAGAUGAAGGACGAGACCGUUAAGCUCCCUAGGGUGGCCGCCAUUAAGCGCGAAGAAGCCAGUCCAUCACCCAGUAGCAGUACCAGCACUAGCUCGAAGGCGGCGGCGUCCAGACGAUUACCGGGCUCUGGAUACGUUGCCAAGAAGUCCCCUCAGCCUUCUCCUGCCGUUGAGACGGCAUCUCGCGAAGCUGCAGGUUCAGCCGAUGAGAAGGCGCCUAUCACUUCGAUGCCAAUGAAGAUGACGAAGAAGAUGCUUCCACCCGAGGAGUCCGAUAGAGAGCGCGAGAGACAUAGAGACAAAGAUAGACCGCCAAAGGAUAGAGAGGGGCUCAAGGCAAACUCGUUCAAGAAGCGCAAAACGGAAGAGGGUCCAUCACCUGCUGCACCUUCGUCUUCAUUAAAAGGUCGAGACUUGUCUCUCCCAAAGAAGCCGGUCGAAGCCACAUCUCCUGUACCACCUCCGCCGAAGAAGAUCAAGAAAGAGCAUUCUCCGCUUCCACUUCCACUGCCUCGCACCGCCUUACCGACGCAGCCACCACCCCUAAACUCACCUUCCAAAAUAGAUCAAAGGACCGAAACCCAACGGAGCUCACCAAUAUAUACCUCUUCGGAUGAAGGAGAGAUACCAGAGCCGCCACGGAAGCCCGCUCAGGAUCCUUCCGCGAAUACUGAUCGCUCAAAGGGCAAGGAGGGACGUGCCCGCCCCCGAUCAUCAUACCCAUUACCCCCUGAUCGUAACGGACUACGUUCGCGAUACCAGUCCAAGUACGGAAAUUACCUGGGUACAUAUUCCCAGAUCGUUGCACAGAAGCGGAAGAUCGAGGCCAUCUUAAACGGAGAAUCGGAAGCGGAAGGAGAAAUCAUGGAUCCGGAGGAGCUGAAGAGGCUCAGUGCCGAGCACAAGAACCAGAAAGAGGAGUUGGAGUCCAUUCAGGAGAAGUGGAUGAACGGGUCUGUAUCGGAAACUAAUUACGACUGUUGCCUAAUUUUCGGCUUGAAUAAGUAAUGUUCAAUGCCCCUCUAUAUCGGCGUUCGAUUAGCUAGGAAAUACGCAUUAAAGAAUCGGUCUCAAUUCGCCCCCAUGAAGGGCGAAAAGUUCCGAACAGG